GCCAAACGAAGAACGAAUAUAGAUGUGAACAAGAAGAAAAAGAAAAUCGGCAAACAAAAGACAACACAUUUGGAAAUUGAUGUUGUAUUGGAGAUAUAGGGAAUUAUUGCCAGAGACUACAAGCCGUGUCACACAGCAAGGGCCAGCCACAACAGUCUGGGCCGAGGAGCGCAGCGGAGCAGCGUAAAAACAGAUUGACAGUCGCAGCGCAAAUUGUAAACGUAGCAGUCAGUCAGUCAUUGAGUGGAAGAGGUAGAAGCAAAGCUAAAAAAUACAUAUAUUUGUGGUGUGAAUGCAAGCAGCGCGAAGUUGCGAAACAACAAUAACUACGACAACGACGACGACGAAUAAGAAGUGGCACAAGACAAUCCGACAGAGUGGUACACAAGAAGUGGAGAGACGUGUUCUUGGGUUCCCGUUGUAGUCCCAAUUUUCCAAACAGACUGCUGUUCUCUCUGUGUAUUGUGCAGCGGCGGUGGCGAAGUAGCCAGCCACAAAAAAGGGGAUCCCACGAUCAUCAUCAUUAUUGUACACUCCCUCUGCUAGACCCCCAACCAAUGUUCGUGUGUCUCACACCUUUCCUCCUGAUCGAGUAAAACGAUUCAAAAUCUACGUUCGUGUGUGCGUCUGUAUGAGUGAGAGUGAGGUGUGUGCUUAGAGUUUUGGUUUUUACUAUCGCUGCUGCUGCUGAUGUUUACGGAAGUUAUAGCCGCUGUCUUGUAGUGGAUCACUGUUUCUAUUAAGGGAAAAGAAGUGUCUUGUUUUGUUGUUUGCAUUUGUUGCUGCAUCACCCGCAAAAGGCGGAAGAGGAAGCCGUAGCUGCCAAUUGUUGCAGCAACCACCAGCACCACCACCAAAGGAGGAGCAGUCAUACUUGUCAAGUCGAGUGCAGCGUUAGACAGACAACACAUUGCCACCGACAUCAUUUUCUGCCCACCAUGUCGUGGACAGAGCAAAAGGUCGAUCCGGAGUUAAUCUUCACAAAACAAGAACGUAUCGGCAAAGGAUCAUUUGGCGAAGUUUUCAAAGGCAUCGAUAAUCGUACUCAACAGGUGGUUGCCAUAAAAAUAAUUGACUUGGAAGAGGCUGAAGAUGAAAUCGAAGACAUACAACAAGAGAUUAUGGUGUUGUCGCAGUGCGACUCACCAUUUGUUACCAAAUACUUUGGCUCCUUUCUCAAAGGAAAACUAUGGAUUAUCAUGGAGUAUUUGGGCGGUGGUUCGGCAUUGGAUCUAAUGAAGGCGGGUUCUUUCGAAGAAAUGCACAUAGCCAUAAUAUUACGUGAAGUUCUCAAAGGUCUGGACUAUUUGCAUUCAGAGAGGAAACUACAUCGUGAUAUUAAAGCUGCCAAUGUUUUGUUGAGCGAAAUGGGCGAUGUAAAGCUGGCUGAUUUCGGUGUUGCCGGUCAGUUGACGAAUACCACAUCAAAGCGCAACACAUUUGUGGGUACACCAUUUUGGAUGGCACCAGAGGUCAUUAAACAGUCCAUGUAUGAUUCCAAAGCUGACAUUUGGUCGCUGGGCAUAACGGCCAUUGAGUUGGCCAAAGGUGAACCGCCCAACUCUGAAUUGCAUCCUAUGCGUGUCUUAUUCCUUAUACCCAAAAACAAUCCGCCACAUGACGGGAAACUAUACGAAAUCUUUAAAGAUUUUGUUGAAGCGUGCCUUAACAAGGAUCCCGAGAAUCGUCCUACUGCAAAGGUACUCAAGUAUCCUUUUAUUAAAAAAGCUAAGAAAAAUUCGUACCUUAUCGAUCUGAUAGACCGUUACAAGAAGUGGAAGCUUCAAAAGGGUGAUGAAAGUGAAACAGAAUCCGAAAAUUCUGAUUCUGAUGACUCCAAACCGGGUUGCAAUAAUGAUGAACCGUGGAUUAUGACUCUAAGGUAA